AUGGAGACGAUCGACGUGCAGAACAAGUCAUUUGUGGUCAGAUGGUUGAAGGUACGGCGGGGGGAUACAGUCUCGUACCAGCUAAAGCCGCUGAAGAAGUCGAUAGGGUUUGGAAUUUAUCGGAGGAUGAAGGAGACCGCGGGGCCUUCGAACAUGUCGACUGCACGGGGGGCGCCGUCGACACUGACAGUGUCGACGGGGCUGAGCCAUGCGGAGCCGCAGGUGCACCUGGAGGCGGACGCGGCAAACCUGAUGGUAGAGUUCCGGCAGCGGGCGUUCAGCACCAGCUCGAGCUCGCAGGCGAGAGAAGAGGCCGAGGAGGGGGCGCCGCAGUCGGAGCUGCAGACGCGGCUGGACCAGUCGGGGCUGGUGCGUGUGGCUUGGGUGGGCAACGUGCAGGGCAACGAGAUAUACCAGGGGACGCUGAUGAACGAUGACUACAACGAGGAGUCGUACUAUGCCUUCGUAAUAGAUAACACCGCAUCGAAAACGGUGAAGAAAAAGGUGUUGUUCAGUGCGUCAGUCGUGCGGCCGGCGUUUGACGCGGAAUCGGUGUUCUCGCAAGACGACUUGAUGCAUGAUUACACGGUGGCUGCUAGCAACACACACAUGCUGGCUGUGCCGCAGGCACCUCAGCCAUCGCAGAGUGAACUGUUUCGGCUGAAGCAGGGACGCAUUCUUCAGGGGUACCUGCUGAAGAAACGGCGCAAACGGCUCCAGGGAUUUCGCAAGCGAUUCUUUAAGCUCGACCUGAAAUAUGGCACGCUGUCGUAUUACCUGAGCGAACGUAAUUCCGUUUGCCGCGGUGAGAUUGUCAUUAGCCUCUCGACAGUCAGUGCGAGCCGGAAGUCCCGGCUCAUUGUUGUUGACUCCGGGAUGGAGAUCUGGGCACUGAAGGCGCGCGAUGACGACGAGUGGAACACAUGGGUGGAGGCUUUGGAAGCAUGUUACAAAAUUGAAAAUGCCGACAAGCAGCCGAUUGCGAAGGAACUCCUACCUCAGGACACAGUGCAUGGCCAAGCUCAAACUUUGAUGAGCGAUAUUCAGGUCGCCAAGUCUAAAGUGGAGGAAUGGAAGGCAUCCGUGUGCUAUAAUAUUCAGCAAAAUGAGAAGGUGUUCACCAAGCCACCCACGCCUCAGACCAGGUCCGACUCACGCAGUUCUUCCUUGUCAUCCACGAAAAGUCCGUUCCGUAGAAAUAGGAACACAUCGAACGCUGAUCAGUACGUAUCAGUUGCCUUUCCAGGGAGCGCUACAGGACACUCGGCCAUUAAUACGAGCAAUUCUUCCUAUGGGACUCAUCCAACCUCAAGCUGUUCUUUGACAGAGCAUGAGGUAUACCGAAAACUGAAUGAACUAGAAUCCUUACUCUCGAGCAUUGCGGUUCGUUCGCGCAUGAUUUUUACUUCACCUAUAUUUGCCUCUCUUUCUGGUGGGAGACUAACCGAUGGGACUGCUGUCCCUACGAAAUCCUCCACAGCAUCAAUAUUCUCUGAAGUGUUCUUCGACGCACUAGAUGAUAAUGCGGUAAUUAUGCUAGACGACGAGGAGGUGGCAGAUCUUGUCGGUCCAGAUUCGGGGAGCGCAAAGGAGAAUGCUUUGUCGCGUGCAGACACAGCUGACAGCAGCAAAGACGAUGAAUCAGAUAACGACGAAGAUGACGAUGGCUCGGUGGAAAUUAUCGAAAAGCGACCUCCCCUGGAACGUUCGCAUACUGAACUCACCGGGCUAUACCCACUGCCCAUAAUCGGUAAAAUUAAGCGACGUGAUGAUAUAACGCCAGCGAACUCGGCGCCUCCUAGUCUGUUGGCAUUUCUUCGCAAAAACGUUGGUAAAGAUCUGAACUCCAUAUCGAUGCCGAUGACUUCCAACGAGCCCAUUACGAUUUUACAAAUGAUGUCUGAAACCUUUGAGUAUGCCGAGCUUUUGACCGCCGCAGCCGCUGCUGCAGACCCAAUGAAAAGACUCGCGCUAGUUGCCGCAUUCUCCGUAUCAUAUCUCUCUGUACAUCGCGAGAAGGCCAGGGCUAUGCGGAAGCCGGUGAACCCUCUGUUGGGAGAAACAUACGAAUUGGUCCGUGAGGACAAGGGUUACCGCUUGAUUAGUGAAAAGGUUUCACACAAGCCGCAGAUAUUUGCAUUUCAUGUUGAGCAUAAAGACUGGGUUUGCUACUACACCAUCAGCCCACAGCAAAAAUUCUGGGGUAAGUCUUUGGAGUUUACAAAUGAGGGUGAGAUCACAUGCAUUCUCAAGGCUACAGGCGAUAAAUAUGUGUGGAACCAGCCCUCUAUGCUGCUAAAGAACAUCAUCGCAGGAGAAAGAUACCUUGAGCCUCAGAACCAGUUUGAGAUACAUUCUUCAAAUGGCGGCAAAGCUGUCGUUGCAUUCAAACAGGGAGGAAUGUUUAGUAGUAGGUCAGAAGACCUCUCUAUCUCAAUAUUUGACGCUUCUAGAAACCUGUUCGGGACGCUCAAAGGGCAAUGGACGAAUAAAUUAGUCAACGAGUCCACUGGCGAGACGGUAUGGCAAAUCGGCGAGCUAGUCCCGAAAGCCUCCAAAAAGUUUGGGUUUACAAAGUUUACUGCGAAUCUCAACGAGAUAACUGAAUUAGAGAAGGAUAUGAUCCCUCCAACAGACUCUAGACUACGGCCCGACGUGAGGCUCUAUGAAGCCGGCGAUGUGGAUGCUGCGGAACAACUCAAGCUCCAACUCGAGCAGCUACAGCGGGAACGCCGUAGCAAGGGCGCCGAUGUUUCUCCAAUGUACUUCCGCAAGUCCGGGAAUAAUAGCUGGACCCUCCUAAAUGGUAACGAAAACUACUGGGAAAGGAGAAGGCGUCAUGACUGGUCGGGCGUGCAGAGCCUGUGGUAG